AUGCAUCCACGCCACUCCUUGGGCAUUCCAGGUAUGGAAAGAUCAAACGUAGCCGAGCGCACCGCUGUAGUAGAGAAGGCACUGGUUGCGGACAUAGACAGGGGCCUAUUGUGUGCAAAGGAAGAGCUACGAGACAUCCUAGCUUCACUCCAAGUCUUGGAGAAGGCUUGUGACUCCUUUCUCAAGUGCCCCAACUGUGGCCAAUAUGCCAAGACUCCUCUGUCUGCCCAGUUUUGCAAUCACACCUUUUGUCCGCCCUGCUGGACUUCGUACCUUCGAGCGCAGCAAGAUAAAGCACGAGGGAUGCCAUUCUAUCGCUGCCCGCAGAUCGGCUGUCGGGACUUAAUGUCCGAACCCCCAGCUGAGGUUCCCGUUUUGUCAUCCUUAGCGGAUAUAGCGUACACAAUACUUAAAGGCGGUGGCGGAUACAGAUGGUGCAUUGAUCGCGCGGGUUCACUGGACAAGUUCUUCUCUCACUGA